CUCGUUUGGGCGGCUCCCUGCCUUUCCUGGUUAGACAUCCAAUUUAUACAAACCCUAGUAUCACGCCUUCGCUAUGCGACUCCAAUCUACCCAUACCUUUUGCAUGAGCCUUGUAUGACGUAUCUUCCUCUACGUACGGCUGCGCAGUACAUCUCCUAUGGCGUUAAAGCGUUGGAACCCCUACAUAACGGACGGCCACUGUCUACAGACCUUGUCUAACUCGUUUGCCUUUUUGACCCUCUUGGCAACAAUCCCACAAUGCAUUCUUCAUCUUUUACCAUUCAUCUGCUCCUCCUCUCCUUGCUUUCCUCAUGUGCAUCUGCCGCAAAUUAUUCCAAUGGAACUACGAGGACAUAUUAUGUGGCUGCCGUGGAAGAAGACUGGGAUUAUAUGCCUACCAACAUGGAUAUGAUCAACGGAGCCACAAUCGUCGAGUCGCCUCAAGCCGCUGCGGUUGCAGGCAACGAUGGACAAAGAAUCGGGCACAUCUACAAGAAAGCCCUCUUUCGCGAAUACACUGAUGGGACGUUUAGUACACAAGCAGCUCGCCCUGAGUGGCUCGGCAUGCUAGGCCCCAUAAUCCGCGCUGAAGUUGGCGACACCGUCAAGGUUGUGUUCCGCAAUAUGGCUUCUCACAAUCAUACAAUGCAUCCACAUGGGUUCCGCUAUCGAAAAAGCGACGAAGGACUGUCAGCCGCAGGGCAGAUGUUUGGCGGCAAUGCUGUACCUCCAGGUAUGACCUGGACUUACACGUGGGAAGUGCCAGAACGAUCGGGUCCGGGGCCACUAGAUCCUCCUGGACUGGCGUGGACCUAUCAUUCGGAUGCUGCAGGCACGCAAGACGUGUUCAGCGGUCUAGUAGGCGCGUCCAUUAUCUAUCGUCCAGGAGAAUUAGCGAAGCAUACCUUGGACGUGCCUGCCCCACCAGGAUCGAACCUCACUGAAGAAGUCUUGACACUCUUUCUAAUCGUCAAUGAGAACGAAUCGUACUAUAUCGACGAGAAUAUCUUGAACAGGACCAGCGUUUCUGAACGUCAACUCCAGGUUACACGUAUGGACCGUGGCUUCCAAGAAAGCAACUUGAAACACAGCAUUAACGGCUACAUGUUUGGUAAUCUUAUGGGAAUCAACCUCACGGCAGGCCGACAGGCAGCCUGGCACGUGGAAGCGCUAGGCGAUGUGCUGAACGUCCAUACACCACAUUGGCAUGGAAAUACACUUCUCCAUGCACAGCAGCGGGUUGAUGUCAUCAACGUGCUUCCUGCGCAGACACGAUCGUUAGUAAUGUCUGUGGACAACCCCGGCACCUGGGUUCAUCAUUGUCAGACACUCAACCAUCGCGAUAUGGGUAUGAUAGUGAAGUAUACAGCUAGUUGAAAAAUGCACGAUAGAUAGGGAUGGAAUGAGGCAAAACAAGAUCAACAGAUUCAUCCUUAUAAAGGUCGAGAGAUAAUGUUUCUCUAUGUAGUUUGGUGGCCGAAAAGACCUUAAUGGACAUUUAGCAAUGGCAUAUUCUUGACCUUG